GUUUCCCCUCUUUCAUCACCAACCGUCCCUGUCGAAGCACGACGGCAAACUGCGACACAGCACAACAGGUGGUGAGCAGGCGAGGUGAUGAGGACAACGAAAGACAAUGGAGGGGGACGGCGGCCCGUAUAUGCGUCUGGUGCUACCACGGCCCAGAGAACGACUGGUGGCGUUGCCCUCUCACACGGCUACACCUGCCGGGCUAUAUAAAGAGCAACGCCAUCCCUCCGGACAACGACUGAUAUCCGGACUCGUGUUGUGGCACAGCAGACUGGGCAGAACAGCACCAGACAAAACAAACAGCACAGCUCAAGACUCCAUUCAAGUUCCAGACCCCCCCCUUCCAAUAUCUUACUGAACACGGACCAGGACAACAACAGCUUGCCCCUUGUUUUCAAACACAACACAAAUCAGGACAACCGCGACAAUGAGCUCACCAGCAGACGAGACCAACCACGACUUCGAGUUCGCCCAGCGCGGCCUCGUCGCCACCUUCAAAGACCCCCUCGUCUUCUCCGACCCGAACCGCGGCGGCGGGGGCAAGGACGACAAGGGCACGCACGUCGUCUGGAACACCGAGGCCUACGACUUCAUGCAGGACGACUGCCCGCCGGACCUCGCCAACCCCUCGCUCUGGCGCCAGGGCCAGCUCUGCAGCGUCACCGCGGGGCUGUACCACGUCGUCGACGGCAUCUGGCAGAUCCGCGGGCUCGACCUCGCCAACAUGACGUUCGUGCGCGUCCCCUCGACCAACUCGGUCGUCAUCAUCGACUGCCUCACGUCCGUCGAGACGGCGCGCCGCGGCAUCGAGCUCUUCCAGGAGCACUGGCGCGAGACGGUCGGGCAGGGGGGCAGCGCCGACAUCGCCGCCCUCAUCUACACGCACUGCCACGUGGACCACUUUGGCGGCGCGCAGGCCGUCGUCGACGAGGCGGCCGUCCACGGCACGGGAUCGCCGCUCAAGAUCCUCGGCCCCGACGGCUUCCUCGAGCACGCCGUCAGCGAAAACAUCUACGCCGGCGCCGCCAUGAACCGCCGCUCCGUCUACAUGUACGGCGAGCGGCUCGACAAGUCCCCCACGGGCCAGAUCGGCUGCGGCCUCGGACAGGCCCUCUCGUCGGGCACGGGCGCCAUCAUCGCGCCCACGCACGUCAUAAAGGUCGACGGGCCCCUGCUGCCGGACCUGGCCAUCAAGGGGCUCGACGUCGUCUGCCAGCUCACCCCCGGCACCGAGGCGCCCGCCGAGGUCAACUUUUGGUUCCCGCAGUACAACGCGCUAUGCAUGGCCGAGAACGCGACGCACACGCAGCACAACAUCCAGACGCUGCGCGGCGCCCCCGUGCGCGACGCCCGCCUCUGGUCGCGCUACCUCGACGAGUCCAUCGCGCUGUUUGGAGAAAAGGCCGACGUCGCUUUUGCGAGCCACCACUGGCCGACGUGGAAGUACGCUGGUGACGGUGACUCCCCGCAGGAGAACCUCAUCCUCACGUUCCUCUCGGAGCAGCGCGACUUCUACGCCUACCUCCACAACGAGACGCUCCGCCGCCUCAACAACGGCCAGACCCCCGUCGAGAUCGCCGAGGCCAUCGUCAUGCCCCCCGAGCUCAGCCUCCGCACCCACCUGCGCGGCUACUACGGCUCCGUCAGCCACAACGUCAAGGCCGUCUACGACCGCUACAUGGGCUGGUUCGACGGCAACCCGGCCAACCUGUGGCGCCACCCCCCCGUCGCCGAGGGCGUCCGCUACGUCGCCGCCAUCGGGGGCCGCGACGCCGUCCUCGCCCGCGCCGAGGAGUACCGCAAGAGCGGCGACCUGCGCUUCGCCGCGACCCUCCUCAGCCACCUCGUCUUCUCGGGCGUCAGCGGCGACCAGGCCGACCUCGUCGCCAGGGAGAGGCUCGCCGACGUGUACACCCAGCUCGGCCGCGGCGCGGAGAACGGCACCUGGCGCAACAUCUACCUCACGGGAGCCCAUGAGCUGCUGCACGUCCCCGAGGGCGGCGUCGCGUCCCUCGCCCCGUCCUCGCUCAUGGCCCUCAACUUCGACGAGCUCUUCGACACCGUGGCCAUCCGCAUCGACGGCCCCGCCGCCUUUGAGCACAAGGGCCUCACCAUCGACUUCAUGGUCGGCGACAUGCAGGUCGGCCCGGGCGACAAGAUCAAGGGCGCCGCCUGGCAUCUGCGUCUGAGCCACGGCGCGCUGACGGGCCGCGCCAUGGAGUACGUGCAGCCGCGAGCAACUGCCAGCGACGUCGACCUCACCGUCUGGCUUUCGCACGCCGGCCUCGUCCAACUCGUCGGGAGCGCCGCGGCGGGCAGUCCCAAGCGCAUCAGCGACAUUGAAGGGGCUACCACCGCCGGGGACCCCGGGGCCUGGGACGCCGUCACGUCUCUCAUUGUCCUCCCCAACCCUGCUUUCAACAUUGUCACUCCCUGAGGGGCAUCAUGGAUCCCCCAUGAUGUCGAUAUACACUAGCCGCGAGCGCUCGAUGCUCAGGUGAAAGAGACCUUUGCUUGUUAGUCAUGUCGUGUCGCAGCUAGCUUUUAAUCCUAAAUCGGGAACCCAACACAGGCAUACAUACGCCGUGCAUCUCGCGCCAGGCACGUAUGCCAUUGAUAUGAC